GAAAGAAGUUUCAGGUGCUCCUUACUAGAGAAUUGCAUAUUUACAUGGAGAAAAUUUCGAUUCUUGGUUUCAUUUUAGCUAUUCUCUAUUUCAUAACAACAGAACUUGCAUGUAAUGGUCAUACCCGUAUCGACAACAAUGUUCAAUCUGAACAAAAGGCUCUUAUCGACUUCAAAAGUGGUCUCAAAGAUCCCAACAAUCGGCUUUCAUCAUGGAAAGGAAGCAAUUAUUGCUACUGGCAAGGAAUUAGUUGCGAAAAUGGCACAGGAUUUGUCAUUUCAAUUGAACUUCAUAACCCUUAUCCUCGUGAGAAUGAAUAUGAGAACUGGAGCUCUAUGAACUUGAGUGGAGAAAUUAGUCCUUCAUUGAUAAAACUCAAGUCUUUGAAAUAUCUAGAUUUGAGUUUCAACUCAUUCAAAGCCAUGCCAAUUCCUCAAUUCUUUGGGUCUCUGAAGAAUUUAAUAUAUCUAAACUUAUCGGGUGCUGGGUUUAGUGGAUCAAUUCCUUCAAAUUUAAGGAAUCUUUCUAGCUUGCAAUAUCUCGAUCUUUCUUCUAAGUAUCUUGACGAUAUUGAUUCUAAGUAUCUUUACGAGAUUGAUUCUGAAUAUUUUAAUAAUUUAUUUGUUGAAAAUAUUGAAUGGAUGACUGACCUUGUUUUCUUGAAGUAUCUUGGUAUGAAUUAUGUUAACCUUUCAUUGGUAGGAAGUCGGUGGGUUGAGGUGGCAAACAAGCUUCCAAGUUUAACUGAGUUGCAUCUAGGUGGUUGUAGCCUAUUUGGCUCAAUUCCACUUGGUCUUGGUGAGCUACCCAAUUUGCAAUACUUAGAUCUAUCUUCAAAUGUCAAUCUCAGUGGCAGUAUCUCUCAAUUGUUGAGGAAAAAUUGGAAAAAGAUAGAAUUUCUCAAUUUGCAUGGAAAUGGAUUACAUGGUUCAAUUCCAAGCUUCAUUGGAAACUUUUGCAACUUAAAAUAUUUGGAUUUGAGCGAUAAUCUCUUGAAUGGAAGUUUACCUGAGAUUAUCCAAGGACUUGAAACCUGCAGUUCUAAAAGUCCUUUGCCUAAUUUGACGGAAUUAUACUUGUACAACAAUCAAUUGAUGGGAAAAUUGCCGAACUGGUUGGGGGAGCUUAAAAAUCUUAGGGUGAAAACUCUUGAUUUCUCCAAUUCAUGCCACUUGGGUCCUUCAUUUCCGGCUUGGCUUCAGUCUCAAAAGAACCUCCAGUUAAAUCUUUCUCACAAUCAGUUACAAGGUAAUCGAAUAAUAGGGACCAUCCCAGAUUCCAUAGGACACAUCACCUCUCUUGAAGUCAUUGAUUUUUCAAGGAAUAAUUUGACUGGAAGCAUUCCUUCUGCCAUAAAUAAUUGCUCUGGCCUUUUUGUUUUAGACCUUGGAAACAACAAUCUGUCUGGGAUAAUACCAAAGUCGUUGGGUCAGUUGCAAUCGCUCCAAUCACUACACCUGAACCACAACAAGCUUUUAGGAGAGCUCCCCUCAUCUUUCCAAAAUUUAACAGGUUUGGAUGUCCUUGAUCUCAGUUACAACAGAUUAUUGGGUCAAGUUCCUGCUUGGAUUGGAGUUGCUUUCGUAAAUCUUGUAAUUCUCAACCUGAGGUCGAAUAUGUUUUCUGGAAGACUUCCCUCCCGACUCUCAAAUUUAAGCUCCCUGCAUGUCUUAGAUCUUGCACAAAACAAUUUGAUGGGCAAAAUUCCAAUCACUUUGGUUGAGCUUAAAGCCAUGGCUCAAGAGAAAUUGAAUAUAUAUAAGUUAAAUGAGAAUGUCGGCUCCUCGUAUGAAGAACGAUUGGUUGUGAUUAGCAAAGGCCAAAGUCUUGAAUAUACCAAGACUCUUUCUCUUGUUGUAGGCAUUGACCUAUCCGACAAUAAUUUAAGUGGAGAGUUUCCCCAAGAAAUAACAAAAUUGUUUGGUUUGGUGGUUUUGAACUUGUCGAGGAAUCACAUUACUGGCCAAAUUCCUGAAAGCAUUUCAAUGUUGCGACAAUUGUUAUCUCUUGAUUUGUCAAGCAAUAAGCUUUCCGGCACCAUUCCUUCAAGCAUGGCCUCAUUAUCAUUCUUGAGUUAUUUGAAUCUAUCAAAUAACAAUUUCUCUAGUAAGAUCCCCUUUAUAGGGCAAAUGACAACCUUCACCGAGCUGGCCUUUGUGGGAAACCCUGAUUUAUGUGGAGCUCCAUUGACCACAAAAUGCCAGGAUGAAGAUCCAAAUAAAAGGCAAAGUGUUGUUAGUGACAAAAAUGAUGGUGGCUAUGUUGAUCAAUGGUUUUACUUGAGCGUUGGCUUGGGAUUUGCCAUGGGCAUCCUAGUUCCAUUUUUUGUUUUAGCAACAAGGAAAUCUUGGUGUGAGGCCUAUUUUGAUUUUGUAGAUGAAAUUGUCAAAUGGUUGUUGAGAGGAAGAGCAACCUAUGCCAAAAAUCAUCCUAGAAGGCGAUAA